AUGAGCCUGUCAAGAUUAAAGUCUUACCUCUGGGAUACUGCACUAACACCAUUCCAGACCAAAGCAGACGAUGUGAUUUACCAGCGUGCAACAGAAAUGAAGAUCUGUCUUGGAAAAUAUUUGAGGGCUGUUCACAUUCUUUCCAUCAUUCCUGCCUUGGCGAAAUACAGUUUUGUCCCCUCUGUCAAACCUUCCUUGCAAAAGAAGCAGAGUCUUUCGAAAACUGCCAAGGAAGCUAUUCUAAACCCUAAAGAAAAAGAAAGUGUAAAUGAACAAUCCAAGAACCUACCAGCAGAUGACAGUGAACUAGAAGGUGACUUAGGCACUGCAUUGCCCAGUGGAGAUGUGGAUGAAAAAAUAAAACAUGUGAAUAAAGACAUAAUGGCACUACCAACACCACUAUCCCCACCAUUAAACCAAGUAUCAAGCUCACCAAGCCAACCAAGUCAAGUUCAUCCAUCGCACAUCCAGCCACCUGCCUCAGCAAGCACAGCACCCAAGAGACAACAACUAUGCAAACGAUGUGGUCACUCAAGAAAGGGACACACAUAUCCAAAGAAUAGUGCAGUCAGAUGCCCCAGAUGCAGUAAUGGUGUGUGUGCGACCCAUGAUACAUGUACAUCGACUCAAAAACAUUCAACCGCUUUGCAACCAACACUUCAUUAUGGACACAUUGCUGAAUACAUCUUACCUUAUCAUCUUUCCCAAGCAACAAUUUUUGGUUUUCCAAUUGGGAGCAAUGCAUGUACUGUCAUUGCAGCCAUUGGGGCUAUGAAAUUUCUCCAUGGUGGACUCCCAAUGCCCUGUCCUCAAGGAAUUAUGAAGACCAUUGCAUCAUUUGCCAACACCAUGAGGGACGGAAAUAUCCAUUACAACUCCUUGGCCAUGCCUUCUCAUCAGCCUAAUCUGGAUGCCAGGGAGGCCCUGCAGACAAGACAAGAUAACUUUGGACUAACAAUUUCACAGGACAUUGGGAUUGUUUCUCCAGCCUCUCUCACAAAUGAGCUCAAUCACAUAUGCAGAAGUGAAGAAAAUCUAUGUGCAAUACUAAUAACUCCUCCCGACAAGUCCAUGUUGCUUUGCUUUAGCAAUGAACAAAACAAAAUAGCACUUUUUGACAGCCAUCAACAUGGUAGUUAUGGUGGACUUAUUGCAGUGGCAACUUACGCACAAGUUGAUAAUUUUGUUUCGUUUCCGAGCUAUAUGUGUACUCGUGAUUGGGGCAGUGGUAUUCCUGGGGCAAAUUUAGCACUGCUGACAAAACGCUGA